GCGUAGGAAAAGCCAUCUACCUUGAAUUUGGCGUAUACAGAUCAUGCGCCCACUAACUUUGAACCAAUGGACCCAAGUCAACAAGCACGCAUAUAAGUGUUUGUGUUCCACACAGGUUUCUAUUCAAACCAGACUGCUCUACUGAUCAGCAUAAAGCCGCCCAAAUCUGCUCACUCAUCCGUCACUUGUUUCUUCGAUCGGAGAUGGCGAGCCAAGUUGAGCAAGUACUGGAGCCAUGGCACGAUCUCACCGGAAAAGUGGUGUUUGUCACCGGAGCAUCGUCUGGUAUCGGCAAAGAAUUCUGUCUCGAUUUAGCUAAAUCUGGUUGUAAGAUAAUCGCUUGUGCUCGCCGAAUGGAUCUACUUAAAUCGCUGUGUGAUGAAAUUAAUGGAAUGACGAUCUCCACCGGAUCUGAAUCCAAAUCGAAAUCGGAAGCGGUGCCGGUGAGAGCCUUUGCUGUGCAGCUGGACGUCAGUGCGGAUGAGGUCACCAUCAAGGCGGCGGUACAGAAGGCAUGGGAAGCGUUUGGGCACAUUGAUGCUUUGAUUAAUAAUGCCGGCAUUUCAGGCCAACCCCGUAACCCGAUGGAUUUUGAAGAGGGAGACUGGAAUUAUAUCUUCCGGACAAAUCUAACGGGAUCCUGGUUGGUGGCAAAGCAUGUUUGUAUAAACAUGCGUAAAGCUAAACAGGGAGGUUCCGUGAUCAACAUUUCAUCCAUUGCUGGUACUAAUCGCGUUUUUCUGCCCGGAGGCGUUGCUUAUGCUUCUUCAAAGGCUGCAGUUAAUACUAUGACAAAGGUAAUGGCAAUGGAGUUGGGAAUCAACAACAUAAGAGUGAACUGCAUAAAUCCUGGAAUUUUUAGAACUGAGAUCACUCAAGGACUAGUAGACAAGGAUUGGUUCAAUAACGUAACUCUAAGGACGGUUCCUUUGAAAACGUUGGGCACGAUAAAUCCAGCCUUGACAUCCCUCGCACGCUAUUUGAUCCACGACUCUUCAGUAUAUGUGACGGGAAGCUGUUUCAUUGCCGAUGCCGGUACCAGCUUGGCAACAAUUCCUAUUUUCUCUUCACUUUGAAUAUGUAUUUUGUCACGUAAUCGCUAUUAUCAUUUAUCUGACCAAGGGACGACCUCUUAAGACGUCCCGUGGUGCACAGACUACCACUCAAUCGAUUUGUCAUAAUAGAAAAACAAUUAAGGGCCUUAAAGGUGCAYCUGCUAUCAAAGUGGUUGUAACAUGUGGGUAUUGAUAGUGUCAUUACAUAUAAUAUUAUAGGUUGCAAUUUUAAAUC